AUGUCUACAUUUUCUAAUAUAGAUUAUAAUGCAGCAUAUAAUGCAUAUCUUUACAAUUAUCAUAAAUCACAUAAUGGAUCAUUUGAUGCAGCAUUAGACGUGGCAACUGGAACAGGUCAAGUGACUCAAGUAUUAGCCGAUUCAUUUAAAAAAGUUUAUGGUGUAGAUUCAUCAGCGAUAAUGUUAGAAAAUGCAGUUAAAAAAUCAAAUAUUACAUAUUCGAUCUCGAUUGCUGAAAAUCUCAAUCAAUUUGAUGAUUAUUCAAUUGAUUUAUUAACUGUCGCUGAGGCUGCUCAUUGGUUUGAUUUACCUAAAUUUUUAGAGGGAUCUUAUCGUGUUCUUAAAUUACCAUCUUAUAAUCUUUUUGAUAAUUAUCCAACUGCUUCGGAAUUGUUGAUUGAUCAUUAUAUAGAUUUGAUGGGUGAUUAUAAGGAGAAAGAAGGUAGAUUGAUACUUGAGAAUUUAUAUAGAGGAUUUGAGAUUCCUGAACGUUUAUUUAAAAAUGUUAAAUUUGAAAUUUACGAUGGAACUAAAGAGAGUGAGCAAUAUCGUUUGAUGGAGGCUGAUUGGACAGUUUCUCAAUUUGAAAAAUAUUUAAAAACAUCAAGCUGUUAUAAGACGUUUUCAUCAAAAAACCCAAAUGCUGAGGAUCCAGUUAAUAAAUUUAUGUCAAGGAUAAAAAAAGUAGGAGGUUGGGAAGACAAUCAAUUAUUGAAAGUUAUUGGCAAAAACUCUUACGAACAAUCAGAGAUUUGGCAUUCCCUUGAAAGUAAUGUUAUUGUCACUUCCUUGUUAGAAGCCCUUAGAAGUCAGCAACAACAAAUCCAAGAUCAACAACUGCAACAGACUCAUUGUAUAACAAGUAUUGAUAAUCCAAAUCGCAGUUUUGAUGAAAUUUGA